UCAAUCAAUGAAACAACAAACAAAAAGAAAACUUCUAAGAAAGCUGAUAGCAGAAAUCAAUAGCUUUUCUUCUUCUCCUUUUCUUCCUUUCUCCGCCCUUUUUCCUGUUAACAGUAAAGCUGAAGCCAAAAGAUGAAUUGAUUUUUUCUCGAAGCUUCAAAUUCAAUUCACCAGCACAACAAUCUCUAUCCCAAUACAUAUAAUCCAUCAAAAGGAUCCAACUUCAACAGCAAGCAAGCAAAUGUUGGAAAAAACACCUACUGUUUCUGCACUUCCAUCCUCCUCCUCUGAUCUUCUCACUCUCUCUCCUUUCGAAAACGGCGCCGUCCCGAAAAGGAAAAGAAAGCCAGCCGGCACUCCAGAUCCAGAAGCAGAAGUGGUUUCAUUAUCCCCAAGAACACUGCUGGAAUCCGACAGUUAUGUGUGUGAUAUCUGUAACCAAGGGUUCCAACGAGACCAGAACCUUCAAAUGCAUCGGAGAAGGCACAAGGUGCCGUGGAAGUUGUUGAAAAGGCCGGAUAAUCAAGACACAGCGGUGAAGAAGAAGGUGUUCGUUUGCCCCGAGCCGAGCUGUUUGCACCACCACCCUUGCCAUGCCCUCGGAGAUCUGGUCGGCAUAAAGAAACAUUUCAGAAGGAAGCACAGCGACAACAAGCAGUGGGUUUGCUCUAAGUGCUGCAAAGGCUACGCCGUUCAGUCCGAUUAUAAGGCUCAUCUCAAGACUUGUGGCACAAAAGGCCAUUCCUGUGACUGUGGCCAUGUUUUUUCCAGGGUGGAGACUUUCAUCGAACACCAAGAUAUUUGCACUGUUCGACGAGUUCAACCUCAAUUCCAGGCUCGAACAGCUUCAACCGCCACUCCGUCACGCGAUGCAAGCUUUAGCUUAUCGCCGUUGCUGGUACCGGAAUCAGCUCGGGCUCUUGAACUUCAGCUUCUGCCGUCGUCGAGCACUCACUCACGGCGGAACUUAGAUGAGAAUUGCUCGACUCAUUUAAAGCUAUCCAUUGGAUCAAACUCGAAUGAAUUGAGUAGUACAGAAGCGAACAAGUGGAAUGAUAGUGAAGCAGAAAUGUUGGAAGAAGAAGCGACUAGGUUGAAGGAGUUGGCGACGGAGCAGCUGAAGCUAGCCAUGGCGGAGAAAGCCUACGCCGAGAAGGGUCGACAAGAAGCAAAACGGGAGAUGGAGAUGGCCGAGAUUGAAUUCGCGAGUGCAAAGAGGAUAAAGCAACAAGCUCGAAGUGAACUGGAGAGAGCUCAAAUGUUGAAAGAUGAAUCGACAAAGAAGAUGAAAUCAACGAUCAUGCAAAUCACUUGUCAAGCAUGUAAGAAUAAAUUCUUAACUUCCAUGGCAAUGGUUCCGGCUGAUGAAACCUCGCUGGCUAUGAGUUACAUGUCGUCCGCCACAACAGAAGAGGAAGGAGAAUGAUCAUAUAUAAAACCUUAUUCAGCAAAGAAAAUAAAGCUGAAAAUGGUGGAUGUUUAGCACUUGAAUCUCUUCGUUUUUUUAAUCUGCAUGUUGAGUUUUCUUCUUCUUUAAUUUCGGGUUCUUGUAAACUGUUCCUAUAAACUGUCCCUGAAUUGAUUUUAA